GUUUUGAAAAUAUUCAUGUUCAUUCAUGUCGAGCGUGAGGUUUCUUGUUGGAUGUUGGAUAUUUUUGUGGAAUAGCAUUCUGUAACCUGUGGAAUAGCAUUUUUGUGGAAUAGCAUUCUUUAAUAUCUGCCUUGUGUCCUUGGGACCUUGAAACAGGUUUUAUUACGAACGAUUGGAUCGCUGUGGAUCAUUUGCGAGUCCGCUGAUCGUGUUUGCGAAGGAAGGCAGGAUCCGGAGUCAGGAUGGAUGCGAUGGAAGUGGAGGGAGCGGAGACGGAGGGAUCGGUCCCCCCGCUGCCGAGGGGCCCGUCCACUCCCCUGCGCAACGCGGACAGCAGUGAGGAGGCCUACGUCGCCAUGAUGCCCGAGCCCGGGGAGGACGAGCAGGUGUGGGGGCCUCCUAGUUCCUUCCCUCUGAGCGUCAAGAAGUUCAACCCCGUCUUCUUCUGGAGCUGGGACGUCCACUCCGACAACUGCGCCAUUUGCCGCGUCAUGCUCAUGGAGCCCUGCCUCAACUGCCAGGUCAACAACAAGACCUCCUGCAUCGUGGUGUGGGGCGAGUGCAACCACGCCUUCCACAACUGCUGCAUGUCGGCCUGGAUGAAGAACGCCAGCCACGCGGGUUCCGGCGCGGCCAGCAAGUGCCCGCUGUGCCAGUCCGAGUGGCUCAUCCAGCGCAUCGGCAACUGACCGUCAAUGCCUUCUGGAUGGGGGAUAUUUGGAUGACUGCUGCUCCUGUGAUAGAAUCUUCAAAGAGCGUCGCUGUAUUUCUCUGCUCAGGUCCUUAAUUUAUGGUUAUAAUAAAUUGCGAUUUAUUAAUAAAGUCAGUGGUGACGAACAGCAGUUUAAAUCUGUGACUGAAGUACGGUAGAAAUUUCUGAAAUGAUUGGAAAGGAAAUUUGAAGAAU